AUGACCACUAACAACGGUAAAGGAUCUGAACGCACUUCGGUACAAGUUGCUUUACGAAUAAAGCCACUCAUAAAUGAUGAUUUAAAUCCUUUACCACGAUUUCAACGCCAAGUUAUUACAACAAACCCAGCAAUUCCGAAUUCGAUAGUCGUCCAGGGUGAAAAGAAACAAGUAUUUAGCUAUGAUUAUGUAUUUGGGCCAGAAUCAACACAAGAAGAAGUUUAUACGAAUGCUAUUGUAAAAUUAGUUGAAAAUUUUUUAGAUGGAUAUAAUGUAACAAUCUUGGCGUAUGGUCAAACUUCAUCGGGAAAAACACACACAAUGGGCACAGCUGAUAAUUCUUCGAUAUCUCCGGAUUCUAAAGGAAUAAUCCCUCGAGCGAUGGAAACUUUAUUUUCAAGCAUGAAUUCGUUAAACUGCAAAAAUCAAAAAUUUUCUAUAAAAGUUUCUUUCAUAGAAAUAUAUAACGAAGAUUUAAUUGAUCUUCUUGGUGAAGGUGAUAUGGAAAGUCGAUCACAGGUCACCAUUAGAGAAGAUUCAAAAGGGAAUAUUUUAUGGAAUGGGUUACAAGAAAUAAAAGUAAACGGUGUAGAUGAUGUUAUGAGCCAUUUGGCACGUGGAUCUAUGAAUAGACAAGUUGGAGCAACAGAAAUGAAUUCUCAAUCUUCUCGAUCUCACGCAAUAUUCUCAGUCAUCAUGGCACAACAAAAAUUUGUAGGUUCUCCAAUGCCAGCUGCUCCGGCUCCAGCUCGACCUGCAACCCCUUCUAGAUUAGAUUCCUCAAGAAUCGCUCGAUCAUCAUCGAAUUUAAAUUUAAGAAUGAGUCGAAGAUUCGAUGAAGGUGAUUGGGUUACAGUAACGAGUAAAUUUCAUUUUGUUGAUUUGGCCGGUAGUGAGAGACUAAAAAGAACGUCUGCCGUCGGUGAACGUGCAAAAGAAGGUAUAUCAAUCAAUGGUGGUUUGUUAGCUUUAGGAAACGUAAUAUCAGCGCUUGGUGAUCAAAACAAAGCAAAACACGUAACUCACGUUCCGUAUAGAGAUUCAAAACUUACUCGUUUAUUGCAAGAUUCUCUUGGUGGUAACGCAAAAACGUUAAUGAUUGCAUGCGUAUCUUCAUCUGAAUCAAAUUUAAAUGAGACAAUAAACACUUUAAAAUAUGCAAACAGAGCUCGUAAUAUUAAAAAUUCUAUAUCAAUAAAUCAAGAAGAAAGUGGUUGGAAUGAUUUGGAACAUUUACAAUCUUUAGUUUUAAAAUUAAGAUCUGAGAUAAAAGCUUUGAAAGCAUCAAACUCAAAUGUUUCUACGAAUAGUACUAAUAGUGGUAGAAGUUCUUAUAGUUCAGGAAGGAUUCCUGUUACCGUAGUGACCGAUACUGAUGGUAAAAGCAAUACCGAACUUGAAAUGUUAGAAGAACAACUUGUUCUUUUACAACGUUCUUAUUCUGAACUAUCUCAAAAAUAUGCAAAAACUUCUGCUGAACUCGCAAUGCAUCAGGACAAUUCUGAUGAAAAUUUUGAUUUUAAUGCUUUGAAAGAAAAAGAAAAUAGUUUAAUUAAACGUGCUUCUGAUAGUUUUCAAGAAGCUGUUGAACCGGUUAUUGAAGAAUAUGAAAAGUUAAUAUCUUCUUUAGAGAGUCAAUUGGCUUUGACACGUGCCGCUCUAAGUCAUACUGAAACAAUGGUACAAGAUCAGGACAAUAAAUUAGAACAUCUUGAACAGAUUAAUAAACAAUAUAAAAAUUUAAUUAAUGAUUUAAGGAAUAAUAUCGCUCAACUUUCUGAACGUGAAGCAACAAAUGAACAUUAUAUUAAGGAUCUCGAAUCAAAACUUGAAACUCAAGUUGAAGAACAUAAUAAUGAUCAAAUUUUAAUAAAUGAAUUAAAAAGCAAGAUUUCUCAAUUAAAAACAACUAGUACAAAUAGUGAAGGUUAUAUACAUGACCUUGAAGCGCGUCUAGAGGCAAGUGAACAACAGCUAAUUGAAAUUAAUAAAACCGUCGAAAGGCUCGAAAAUAAGUUGAAAGAUAAAGAAGAUGCUUACAGCGAACUGAAGGAAAAAUUCGAUCAAGCUGAAGUUGAUCAAGAAAAAACAUUAUUAUUAAAUGAAUUGAAUGAUCGUGAUCGAAGAAUUGCUCUACUUGAACAAAAGACCGAUGAACUUUCAUCUGAACUUAUCAAGUUAGGGAAUUCUAAAUCACAAGAAUCAGAUCAAAUUAAUCAUCAAGGACAUCAAGGAAUAAUAUCAGGUUUUUCUUCUGCAUCAGACGAAGAAAAAUUAUUAUUAUCUUCUAUCGCUCCUGGUACUUUAUCGUUAAAGGAUGAGCAAGAUCGUAUAAUAAUUGCUAAUCUUGAGGCAAAAAUAUCCGAAUUGCAACAAAUUCAUGAAAAAACGGUUAUAGAAUUUACUCAGAUUAAAGCAAAAUAUGAAGCAUGCCUAGAUGAAAUACAAGAAUUACAGACGCAACUUUCAGAAGCAAGAUUAAUUGAUGCGGAAAUGAUGGAUGAUUUUAAAUCCAUUUCUUCAACACCCACAACUCCAAUGUCCCCAUCUAGCGUUAUGGGACUUAUGGAAUCUCCAGUCACAGUACGACAGUCUUUACCACCAUGUAUGCGUUUUGAUGAAUUAGAAAAAGAUCGUUUUUACCCGAUUUCCACAUCUGAAAAAAAUAUUCCUCGAAAACCUCGAUCUUAUUCAAUGGGAGGUCAUGCUCCAAUUCGAGAUACUUUAAAUAUUGGUGAUCCUACACAAAAAUCAAUUGAAAUGCUUGAGGAAAAAUUAGUUGCUUUACAAGAAUUGUCUAGUAAAUCUGAUAAUAUUCCAAAUUUACAAAGUGAACAGAGUUUAGUUGUAGCAUUAAGGACACAAUUUGAGACACUAAAAUUGGACAUUAAACGUAAAUAUGAACUUAUAGAAAUAUUAAAACGAGAUUUUAUAGAUAAAGGGAUUUUACAACAAAAACUUCGAGAAAAAGAAACCGAAGCAGUAGAAUUAAAAUUACAACUUUCAGAAGUUAAAAGUCGACAAGAAGAAACUCAAAAUCAAAUGAAAAAUCUUCAAUUACAAUUGAAACAAGCUGAAAGUAUUGGAGCCGAUCAAUCAUUAUUACAUUCAGAAAUUGAGAAUGUUAGAAAAGAGCUUCAAGUUGUAAAAGAAAAUGAGGCUUCUGCAUUAGAAAAAAUUGGAAUUUUGAAUGACAAAGAAACAAAACUUAAUGAAGAAUUACGCCGUUUACGUAAUAUUGAAAUAGCUCAAAGAGAAAGAAUAAACUUGUUAGAAGGUCAAUUAUCAUCACAAAAUGUAUUUAUGGAUGAUGAUAUAAUAAGGUUAAGAAACGAAUUAGUUAUAACAAAAGAAUCUGAAAAAUCAUAUAAACGAACAAUUUUAGAUCUUGAAUCUAAAUUAGAGAAAUCAGAACAUGAAUUUUCUUCAUUACGAGCUAAAAUUGAUAUUCUAAAAUCUCGAACACACGGACAAAAAGAUCAAAUUCAAUCUCAUGAAUCUCAAUUAAGUAAGAUGAUAUCAUCACUUGGUCCUAAUGUUGACUCACAACAAAUAAAUGUACUAAAUAAAGAAAUCGAGAAUUUGCGAUCCCAAGAUAUUAUACAACGUAAAAAAAUUGAUGUUCUUGAAAAUCGAUUGAAACUUAUUAAACAAGAUUCCAAAACCGAAGAUCUAAAAAAAGAAAUCUCUGAAUUAAAGGACAUUGAAUCUAAUCUUAAAAAUACGAUCAAAGAAUUAGAAAGUAAACUUGAAAUCUCUGAAAAGGAAUGUGAAGAUUUACGAGUCUUAAGAAAUGAGAUUAAAUUUUUGAAAGAAUUUGAAUCUGAACAAAAAUCUACCAUCGAACAAUUACAAUCUCAACUAGAUGAUACGAUAAAAUCUAAAAAUACUUUAAUUUUAGAGUUUGAAAGUUUGAAAAAGGAACAUGAUGCAAAGAAUGAACGGAUUAUUUGUCUGGAAAGUGAAUUAAAGACAAUAAAAGAAGAAUUAUUACAAACAAAUGAUAAAAAUGUUGCCUAUUCAAAAGAAAUUACUGAAUUGAAUAAUUUGUUAACCGAUAUGUUACAAAAACGAGAUAAAGAACAAAAAAGGAUAAAAGAAUUAGAGGUGGAACUUCAAGAAACAAAAGAUUCUGAUACAACUGGUAAUAACAAUGUAAGAUCUCUUAAGGAAGAACUUGCUAGUGCUAAAAUCGAAAUGGAUGUUCAAAAUGAUCUCAUAGCAGAUCUUAAAACCAAGCUAUUAGAGGCCGAGAAGGAACGUGAUAAACAUGCAGCAUAUGUUAAAGAACAAACAAAAAUAUUCGAAACAAAAGAAAUUGAACAUAAAAAUGAGGUUUCUGAAUUACAACGUUCCAUAACUAAUUUACAAACUGAAUUGGUUGAAUUUAAAAAUUCUUCUCAAAAAGAUCAAAAAACCAUUGCUAAUCUCGAAAAUGAACUUGCAACUGUUGGUUCUUUACUUAACGAAGCCAAAGCGACGGAAGAAGAUCGUGCACAAAUUGCUGUUCAACUCGAAAUAAAAUUAAAACAAACUGACUGUGACCUAAAAGCUAAAGAACAAAUGCUUUCGAUCAAAGAUGAACAUAUAACACAAUUAGAAUUACAGAUCCAAAAUAACAAAGUCGAUAUUGAGACCAUUGAGUCAGAAGUAAAAAAACGGAUCGAAACUACCCAAGCAAGUGUGAUCAAGGAAUUAGAAGUAGCUUUGAAAGGAAAACAAGAUACUUUAAACAAAUUACAGGAAACAAUCCAAGAGAUUAAUUAUGAACUGGAACAAGUCAAAGGUUCAGAUGUUCAAAAACAAGAGCUUAUUAGUGCCUUAGAAUCCAAAUUACAAACAGCAGAGUCUAAUCACGAUGCAGAGAUUUCCAGACUUCACGAAGCUAAUAAAGAGAUAGAAAUUCUUAAAGAACAAUGUAAACUAUUACAGAGUGCGGCCGAAGACGCAAAAAUGGAAAUUAUGCACAAUGCAAAGAAUGGUAUAGAUAGUUCAACGAUAGAAAAUCUUACCAGUCAACUCCAGCAAGCUCAUAGUGAAAUCGAAUUGUAUCGUAACCGAGUUCAAGAAUUAGAAAAGAUUACUCAGAAACUUGAGUCAGAUAAGCAAAUACAACUCACAAACAACAAGAAUAUCACACAGCAAAUUGGAAAUCUCCAAAGAGACUUUGAUAAUUUGUCAGCCGAGUAUACUAAAACUGUUAUAGAACUUGAAAAAGCCGAUAUGCUUACAAGUGAACAAAAAAGUCAUACGAUUGAAUUGGAACGAGCUCUUGAGGAUGUUGAGAAAAGUAUCGUUGAAACUUCCACACAAAAAUCUCCAGAUAAUAACUCUAACACACUUGAAUCUUCUUUAAACCUUACAAUUGAAAAAUUAAUGAUCGAAAAUGAAAAUUUACGAAUAAUCAAUGAUAGACUUAAUUCAAAAGUUAGCACAACUGAAGAGGAAGUAAAUUCUCUGAAUGAAAGUCUAAAAACCGUAAGAAAUGAACUUGAACAUUUACAAAGUAUCUCAAAUCAAAUAUCAAUGGAAUCAUUAGAAGGAAAGGUGGCCGAGCUUGAAGCAGAAAAAGAAAGCUUGGAACAAGCAAAUAAGGUUUUCUUUGAAGAACGUAAGAAACUUGAUCAAAGAAUUGAUUCUCUAUUGAAACAAUUACAAACCUCAGAUCACGGAGGAAAUAAAGCAGCUGCUCAACUGGUAGAAUUAAACACUAAAUUGAUUUCACUUGAAAAGGAACAUGCAGAUCUAAAACAAAGAACAGAUUAUGAAGCUUUAGAGAUGGAGAAAGAGAUUAAAAUGUUAUUAGAGAUUAACGAGAAACUUGAAAAAGAAAUUGCACAAAAAUCAUCUAGGAAUGGUGCAAUAUUUGAAAUAGACCUUGAAUCAGAAAGUGUUUUACCUCAAUCACAUCUCAGUGAUCUUAAUUUAGAAAGCUCAAAUAAACAUCAAUUAAGACGUCAAGAAAGUACAAUAUCCAAACAAAAUAAUCUUAUUAAAGUUUUCCAAGAAAAGGUAUCAGAACUUGAACGUAGAUUACAAGAGGAAACUGUAUGUCGUCGGCCUUCUAUUUGUGUUUCAGAAUACGAGAAUGUUGAUCGAUUCCGAUUAUCAGCAUGUUCAACUAUAUCAGAAGGAAGUUCACCGACUGAUCUUACUGUAGAGGUUCAAAAACUACAUAAAAAGGUUACCAAGAUUGAAGGAGAAAAUGCACGACAUCGUCAACAAGUUGAAACAUUAGAAAGUGCACUUUCAGAAAAAGACAUUAAUCUCCGAGUAGCUAAACAACAAUUGCAAAUAUUACAAAAGGAAAAAUCUGAUCUUAUUACACAAAUCAAAAACCUGCAUUCACAAUUAGAUGAAACAACAGUUCAGUUUGAAAAUACUAGAACAUCAGUUUAUCAAGAAAAAAAGGUUAUCGAAGCAGUAUUGGAAGAAGAACGAAAGGCCAAAGAAGAUGCAGAGAAACAAAGACGAUUACUCGAAAGCCGAAUGGAAGAACUGAUGUCCAGAAAAAGCAAGUUUAUGUGCUUUUAA